UCUUGGACUUUGCUCCUCCCAAAUCUCAGGCUUUCUUAUCCGAAUUUCGAAGAAAUUUCUCUGUAAAGUUGGGACCCCCCAUGAACAGGUUCCUCUUCAAGAACUCUCGAGCUCUCCUCUCUUCCCAAUUCACCCGAUAUAGCCUCUGCGUCGAAUCGGACCGAUGGGCUGCGAGGGGUUGGCCAGAGCCGGAGUCGUGGAAGUCGAUGGAGGGUCUCAUCUGGUGCUCGGCCAACCACGCACCGCUGUCUCCGAUCAGCUUCUUGAAGAGGUCGGCUAAGGUCCAUAGGGACAGGACAUCUCCGGUCUAUGGUCCGGUGGAGUACACGUGGGGUGAGACUCAUGCGCGGUGCGUGCGCUUGGCUUCCGCCCUGGCACAGCUCGGGAUUUCCCGUGGGGAUGUGGUGGCCACUUUAGCCCCGAACGUGCCUGCCAUGUACGAGCUGCAUUUCGCGGUGCCGAUGUGACGUAGCGGAACCUAAAUUGCGAUCUGUUGAUUCGCGUAUGAAUACCAGACAACAACCUUCUAUCACCUGUUGAUUCUACGAAUACUAGGAAUAAGUAUCAAACUUGAAAACAAAUUCGAGAUUGGAAGAAAGAGCACGGUAGCUCUACAACUUUAUUGAUAAAUUCGAAAUUCAACUCCCUCAACCAUAGGGUUGUACAAAGUUUAAAUAGGUCUUA